AGUGUCGGUCCAGGUCACAGAAACACAACUAGGUUCACAUGGGAUCUCACUGACACACGAGAGCCUGUUUUUUAAAAGUCACUCCAAGUCGACAUGUCUCAUCGAGGGCCGUUAGCUGCCGUCGUCACCACGGUGCUGGGGGCGGCGCUGGGGGGGCUGCUCAUAUGGCGAGUCUACCGAACCAAGAGGAAGAGGCUGCCUUCCGUCCAGAAGGCGGCUGAUCCCGUGGAGGCUCCUCCCCCGGUGGAAACCGAGGUCGUGGUCGUCCCCGCCGCAGAGUGUCGCUGCAUCCAACCGCAGAACAUGGAGGAGAAGGAGUUCAAGGCCGUGGAGUGUCAGACCACCCACCCGCCGCCCGGGCCGGUCCCGCCAGACGACCUGCUGGGGGUGAAACCAGUGAUGGUGAGCUCUGAAGAGGAAUGGCAGCAGCUGUGGCCGCUGAUGCAGAAGGAGCUGUCGGUGUUUCCUGUUCUCGGGCUCGACUGUGAAUGGGUCUCGGUGAAGGGCCAGACCUCGGCGGUCUCCCUGCUGCAGAUGGCCUCGUACUCAGGUCUGUGCAUCCUGGUGAGGCUGCUGCCGUUCCGCAGCGGGAAGCAGAGCUUCCCUCUCAGCUUCAUGGACGUCCUCCGAGACCCCCACAUCCUGAAAGUGGGCGUCGGCUGCUACGAAGACGGCAAGCGUCUGACGCGUGACUACGGCCUCUCGGUGACGUGCACCGUGGACCUGCGCUACCUGGCCCUGAGACAGAGACAAGCGGUGACGAAUGGACUGAGUCUGAAGUCGCUGGCUGCAGAUCUGCUGAACGUGUCUCUGGAUAAAUCUCUGGCGCUGCGCUGCAGUGACUGGGAGGCGGAGCAACUGACGCUGGAGCAGAUGACUUAUGCUGCCAGAGAUGCUCAAGUCUCCAUCGCCCUCUUCCUCCAUCUCCUCGGCCUGGACUCUGAAGCCGGACCCGCCUCUUCCAGCGGGAGCUCCUACUCCGAGCUGGCGUCCCGCUGCCAGGGUCUGGUGGACGUGGCCUUCAGGGGCCGAGGAGACGGAGAAGACAAGGCUGCAGAUGGAGAGAAGAGGCGGAGGACGCGGAAACCCCCCACUUAUGAAAGCCCAGAGCCUGGAGAUCAGCAAGUCCCAGACCCUCGAAGGAACAAGAGGAAACCGCUGGGUGUGGGCUAUUCUGCCAGGAAGUCUCCUCUCUAUGAUAACUGCUUCCUCUACGCUCCCGACGGCCAGCCGCUGUGCACCUGCGACAAGAAGAAAGCCAAGUGGUACCUGGAUAAAGGAAUAGGAGUGCUUCAGAGCGAGGAUCCCUUCGUGGUGAAGCUGCUGUUUGAGCCGUCGGGACGUCCGGACUCCCAGCAGGACUACUACCUGACCGCCAAGGAGAACCUGUGCGUCGUCUGUGGGAAAGCUGAUUCCUACAUCAGAAAAAACAUCGUGCCACACGAGUACCGGCGACACUUCCCCACGGAGAUGAAGGACCACAACUCCCACGACAUCCUGCUGCUCUGCACCAGCUGCCACGCCGCCUCCAACGUGCACGACGGCUUCCUGAAGCAGCAGCUGGCCGAAGACUUCGCCGCCCCUCAGGGCUGCGAGGAGGGCGUGCGCCUGCUGGAGGACUCGGACCGCCGGCGGGUGCGGUCGGCCGCUCGGGCUCUGCUCACCGCCGGCGACGGGCUGCCGGAGCAGCGGCGAGACGAGCUGCAGCUUCUGAUCCGAGGCUUCCUCAACAUGAACGAGAGGCAGGAGCUGAGCGAGGAGGCGCUGCAGCACGCCGCCGGGCUGGAGACCAGGAUCUUCAACGAGGCGUACGUGCCUCACGGCCUGAAGCUGGUGCAGGCGCACGCCGGCCUCGGCCUCCAGGGCCUGAUGGACCUGGAGCGCCGCUGGAGGCAGCACUUCCUCACCAGCAUGCAGCCACGCCACCUCCCCCCCCUCUGGUCCGUGGACCACAACCACAGCAAGUUCCUCCGCAAGUACGGAGAGGACCUGCCAGUCAAACUCAACUGAGGGUCGGACGCUGCUCGGCGGCCGCGGCCCGGGGACGGGAGACUCCUCCUCCUCCUUCUUCUUCUUCUUCUCUUCUGCUGGUCAAAGUGGUCGGAUGGUUUUGAAGCCUCCGAGCCACUUUGUGAAUCUGACAAGCCAAAGAGCUUCUUGAGAGAGCGGAGGGAAGUCGUGGAGAAGCCAAACCGCUGCCGGCACACGUGGCGUCUGUCCACCUGCUCCGAGUGUGUGAGAGAAUACACUCGACCUGUAGGGGGCGCUGGAGUUCACCUGAGAACCCGAGGUGGAGCCUGAAUGAACUCGAGCAGAGGAUCCAGCUCCGACCCUGACGAACACUAACGUGGAACUGCAUACGGACACUUUUUUUUUAUCAUAAAAGAUGUAUAAUGAUUAUUUAUGAACAGAUUAAGAUAUUUAAAUUUCUGAAGAGAUUUUUAGAAGAAGCUGCUUCCUGCUCUUUACUUUCCCCAUGAAUGUAACUUCUGCCCCCCCCCCCUUGCAGGUUAGCAGCUUAUAGCCUCAAUCAGUCUGUGAUUCUUUGCUUCGUAGAGAGAGGGUCAGUUUAAAUACUCAACCACGUGCUGCACCCGGCUGCUGCUGCUGCUUCACUCUAUUGUCUGUUUUAAGUCGAUGGAUGAAGGAUGAAGUUGAAAUCAAAUGUAAUCCCUUCUUUCUCUCUGCGGGGGGGAAAUGAAUCCCAGCAGAGUAACCGUGGAUCAUUUAAAACUUGUGGAUGUUUCGUGCUCCUGCUGCUGAUUCCCCUGAAGGUCGAAGGUCGGGGGCGACUCCAUGGCUCGUGUUUUAAUGAGCCUCUUAAUCCCCGAACCCGAACCCUGAAUCCACAGCAGUUUCACCCCCCCCACCCGCCACCCCGACAUCAUUUUUCCAGAAUCCAAAACUUUACCAUGAAGAAAAAGUGAAAACUCUAAUGUUCUUAAAAUGACCCUAAACCCGAGUUUGAGUCUAAUGCAUUAAAAUGUCCGUGUGAUUCAUGAAAACAGCUGCUUGGUCUUAACCUCGAGCCCGAGGCUGUUUCUGCUUUUGUCUAAAAUUCUGAAUGUGAGAGAAUAAAUUAAAGUCUUGUUUGUAUAAA